UUUGCUCUCAUGGGCGUAGGUCAAAGCGGCGUACGGAUUGCACAAUUCGUCACCCAGGCUGCUGUCCGUUGGCCGGAGAUCUACAAAACUGGAUUCGAAUUGCUUUUUUUUGUCUGUCAGACAACCUUCAUUCUCGUUUACCACCGAAUUGUUAUCUUGGACAGCCAAGAACUUUUUGGCGCUUCUCUUAUACACAUCCUCGGGACCAACUUGUGCAUGUGGGCUGAUGUGACCGUGGAGAAGAUUCAGUCAACCCUUCACCUCACCGGAAGCCUUAACCCUAACAAUACUAGGGAUGACAACCUUCCUGUCAGCAGCUAUUCCGUGGAAGGAGGCGGAAGCUCCGUAAGUGCGCAUAUCUCCUUCUACCUCCUGCCUGCGGUUAGCGAGUACAGUCUCCUUUCUGCGGCCCUCCUCUACGAGAUUAUAAAGCGCAUCGGUGAACCAAGUUAUAUCGAGCUGAAGGAGGGCAAGGGACAUAAAAAGCGGAGUAUAAAAGCGAUGGCGAAGCACUCGGCGACUAUGAUAAGGUCUGGCUACUGGGCACCGCUCGUGAUUUUCUCCGUCAUCGUGGUUCUAACCAUCGUCACUGGGGCUACUCCGAAGAGCACAACCUCCUACUGGAAGUGCGCUGUCCUCUUCACGGAAGAGAUGAUCCUCUACUGCAUGGGCAUCUUCGUCUCGCUGGCGGCCUUUCUCAAGCUCCGCCACCUGAAGUUCACCAUUCCAUUACGUCCAAAAAACAUCGAUGAAUUCCAGCUCUACAUCGCAUUCACGUUUACUGUCAUCUACCUGACAGCAACAGUGGCGUUGGCCAGCUACUUACUGCGGGACCUUGAUUACCCCCAUAAAAUACAGGAUCUCCUGAUGGGUCGUGUAGCACUAGACGUGCUCGAACUGCUUGAAGCAGUUCUACAGACCUACCUCAUCCAGGACUGUUUUCGUCGAUGCAGUGAGGAAGAGUCCCAAAGAAACUCGAAGCCCGGUAGACAGAUGAUCGCGAUCCUGAUUGGGAUUAAUCUUGCCUGCUGGGUGGUCAAGAGCUUCCAGGUAAUCAGAACCUUGGGCACACCUGUACAUUUAUGUAAACCAAAACAGUGUAUAUUCUUGAUCUGCGAUCCCAUGAACUAUGUACCUUUUUAA